AUGGAAAAAAGCGAUGACAGAAUCAGCAAACUACCCGAUGACAUCCUUCAUUCCAUCCUUUCCAUGAUGCCGAUGAAAUUCAUCAUAAGAACAAGCAUUCUCUCUAGGAGAUGGAGAAAAUUGUGGAAACACAUCUGGGCUUAUGCCACUGCUCUCGAUUUGGGUGCUGAAUUCGCGUCUGGCCAAACUCCAGAAGAAUUCGUGGCUACUGUUAAUCGAUAUUUACAACUCCACAAAGGCAAGGAGAUCCAGAUUUUUCGGCUCCCAUACAUUCCAUGCAAUCCGUCAGAUGCUGAGAAAUGGGUUGAAUUCGCAGUAGAAAAAGGAGUAAAGGAGCUUGACAUCAACUUCUCUCAAUCUUUUGAGGAAAGUUAG